CCACCACUGAUUGACCCGGAGGAGGAGAAUGCUGAUGGGUGGGGUGAGCAGCAUCCAGGCAGUUGUGUGGGUUCUUCUGCUUUGAUUCGUUGUGCUUUCAGGUUUUGUUGAGCAACGGCAGCCGCUUUCUGCUCUGCUGCACUCCUCUCCUUUUUCGCUGCUUGCUUGCUUGCUUGCUUUGUUUGUGGGGGAAAAGAAGGACGACGACGAGCAUCAGGAGUCGCCACACGCAGCAGUGUUGUUGUGGUGGUGUUUUGCGCGUGUGCUUUCCUCACAGAGCACACAAAGCCGCCUGCAAGCCGCCUGCCUUCCUGCCAAAGGCUGCUUGUGCUUGCUUUUUUCCUCUCAGCUGCUGCGACCACUUCACUUGAGCCACAGAGGGUUUGGUUGCAGUGGGUGUUUCGGAGCCAUCAUUCGUCGGUCUGCGUUGUCGUCGUCGUCGUCGUCGUCAUCGUCGUGACGGCGGAGCCCCUCGCCUCCUUGGCCUCAACACGCACCCAUCAACCAACGCAGUCAACCAACCCAGCCACUCAAGCCCCAAAUCAGCGAUCGCCACCUGACCAACACACGUUACCCAAGGCACACGCGUGCGCGCAAGCAGCAUGGAGCACACCUCCUCCACCACCGCAUCCCCUCAUGAGGGUGGAGAUGGGUCGGCCUCUGGGACCGAUUUCUGCACGGGUCACCAGCAGGCCCAGGACACCAUCCUCUUCAUCUUCUUUGGUCUCACCCUCGGCGUCUUGAUGAAGAAGUUCAUCGAGGCCUUUCGCAUUCCCGUCCCAUACACCGUCUGCCUGCUGUUGCUUGGGCUGGCGUGGGCGGGCCUGACCACGGUUGGCCUCGGCUUGCUGGGCGACUCUGCGUGCCUCAUCAGCACGCUGGACCCGGAGCUGCUUCUCAUCAUCUUCCUCCCCAUGCUCAUCUUCGAGAGCGCCUUCUCCCUGGAGUGGCACGCCUUCAAAGGUGUUGUCAUCCCCGCCCUCAUCCUGGCGGUGCCCGGGCUCCUCUUCAGCAUCUUCCUCACAGGCACCAUCGUCCACUAUGUCGUCAUCCCGGAGUUUGACUGGAACUCGAGCUUUCUUCUCGGCACCCUCCUCUCUGCAACCGACCCCGUCGCUGUCGUCGCCUUGCUCAAGGAGCUUGGCGGGCCCCACACCCUCGCCACGCUCAUUGAGAGCGAGUCACUCCUCAACGACGGCACGGCCAUUGUUGCCUUUGCCAUCUUCAGCGAGCUUGCAUCUGGGGUGCACCUCACCGGCGCCGAGGGCGUGGAGAUGGCGUUUCAGCUGUCCAUUGGCGGCCCAGCCCUCGGCCUCCUCUGGGGCGUGGUCACCAUCUUCUUCAUUGGCAGAAUCAUUGACGACGAUCUUGCUGAGGUCACCACCACCGUCAUGUCGGCAUACCUCCUCUUCUUCGUGGCAGAGGACGUGUGUGAGGUCUCUGGUGUGCUCGCCCUCGUCACCAUGGGCGCCUGCUUCGCGGCAUAUGGCCGCACACGCAUCUCCCCGCGCUCCGAGCAGAGUACACACACCUUCUGGCGCAUCCUCACCUUCCAGGGCAACACACUCAUCUUCCUGUUUGUUGGCAUUGUGCUUGUGCUGACAAACGACUUCUCUCGCAUCGAGGGCCGUGAUUGGGGCUUUGUCAUCGUCCUUUGGAUCUUCCUCUACAUCAUCCGCGCCCUCAUGGUGCUUGUGUUCGCGCUGCCGCUGCAGUGGACAGGCUAUCCACUCACCUUGAAGGACUCAGUCAUCAUUGUGCACGGCGGCCUGCGCGGUGCUGUGGCCCUUGCCCUGGCCCUCAUCGUCACGCUUGAGGAGCCCGAAAACCCAGACGAAGGCCUGCCGCAAGUCACGCGUGAUAAGACGCUGUUCUACGCAGGUGGCAUCGCUUUUCUCACCCUCAUCAUCAACGCAUCUACCACUGGCCCCAUUCUCCGAGGCCUCGGCCUGGUCAAGGAGGCCGCUGCCCAGCGCGCUGUGUAUGAAGACGCGCGCCAGACCAUCUCCCGCCUCACCCUGCAGCGCGCAAAGGUGAUGAGCAAGGACAAGCUCUUCUCCAUGGCGAACUGGGACGAGGCCACCGAGUUUGUCGCCCCGCCAACUUCUCUGGGCAAAGUCGUUUUCAAGGCAGACAAGCAUGGCCGUCCAUCCAGGAUCCAAGCUCCGCCAAGCGCCGUUGGUGACGUGAAGGAGGACGAUUUUGAGAUGAUGGUCGACCCCGCCACCGGCACGCAGUCGCUGCCCGAGGGCGACGUGAGCAGAUCCGUGCUCUCGCCUCCACCUGCCCAACAGCAGCAGCAGCAGCAGCAGCAGCAGGGCGCGGGUAAGGACAUGCGGACGUCGCAAACGCUGGCGCCGCCGUCGCCAAGCAUCAGCGCCGCGCAGUCACGCGAGCACUUGGACGAGGAAGAGGACGAGAUUGCCCGCAAGCACCACGAGCGAACAAACCGGCGCAUGAUGCAGCUGUUUGGCUACGCCUCGUCGCACCUGCGCCGUCUCCGCCACCGCCAAAGUCACGGCGCCAGCCGAGACAACGUCAACCGCCGCAGCGGGAACGUCUCCCCGCGCUCGCCCAAUGGCGGUGGUGGCGGCAGCAUGGAGACCCUUGACGAGCACGAGCCCAUGGAUGCAAGCACCUCGCAGUGUCGCGAAGGCAACAACAAGUCCCGCAGUCUGCUGACCCGCCUCGGUCGCCUGGGCCUCAGGCAUGAGCAGCGCCCCGUGUCACACGAGUUUUGCGUACUGGGCGAGGAGGCCUCCACCAACGGCCAUGGAACAGAAGAGCUGCACCCACGCCGCAGCACGGGCAGCGGUGAGCGGCGCCUGAGCCACCACCACAGCCACGCCCGCCGCCGUCGGCCCUCCACCUCCCACAGCGCAGACAUGCAGAACGCGCGCCUCCGCUUCCUCGUCAGCACCCGCGCCAUCUACUGGGAGCUGUUUGACUCCGGCUUUCUCGACCGCGACAGCGUCCUGCUGCUUGUCAACGCCUCUGAGACGGAGGAGCAUGCAGUCGAGCACGAUUCCACGCGCAAACUCAACGACUGGAACGCCGACCUGCAGCGGUUUGUGCACACGCCCUGGCCCGUGCGUGUUCUGCGCCGGCAGCGGUGGUGGGUGCUUGACUACCUGCGUCGCCGUCUGCUUCGCUGGUACGAGAUCCACCACGCGGCCGCGUGUGUCAACGUUGCUGACGCCUUCACGGCAGCGCAUCGCAAGGUCUUGGGCGACCUCAGCGGCCUGCUGUCAGAGGUGACGCACAGCGAGGAGAACCGGCGACGCCUGCUCGAGGAGUGCUUUGCCAACAUGGAGCUCUCCCGCAUGGUUUCCCGCGAAUUCCCACACGAGGUGGUGUCCAUUGUUCGCACGCGCCAGGCCACAUCGCUGCUGCUGCGCCACCAGGAGGAGGUGAUUGGCUCCAAGUUCCGACACGGCAUCUUCACUGCCCUCGAGCACGACCACCUCAUUGGACACAUCCGCAAGGUGCGCGCCAAGCUUGUGCUCAACACGGCAUCGUUCCACUUUCCCGAUGAGGAAGGCAUCCUCCGCUGGAGCCGCCUGAUGGAGGACCUGAGCUCCGAUGACGUGGAGGAGGUGUUCCGGAAGAUGCAGAUUGUCACCUCAGAGUUCAACGAGCCGCUGGUGAGGAAGAAUGGCAAGUGCAAGGGCAUCUACGUCAUUUUGCGCGGGUACGCGUGCUUUGAGAACCGCCCCCGUCGUAAUUCCGUGCAGCGAGAGUCGCAUGUUGCCAACACCCACCUCAACACGCCAAACGGCCAGCCGCAGCAACAGCAACAACAAAAGCAGAAGUCACACACAGACGUGCUCAUGGCGGGGCGCACCUUGGGCGUCAUCGAAACCGUCGCACAGCACACAGGGCUGGUGACCAUUCGCACAAUGAGCCACAAGCUGCAGGCCGCCUUUUUCCCCGUCAAGGCCGUCCAUGAGCUCUUCGAGUCCGUGCCUCUCUUCAAGCGCAACGCGUACCGCCUGUGUGCGUUCCAGCUGUGUUAUCUGCAGCGCCCGCAUCUUUUCCGCGCAGCCGGACGCGUUCUGCCCCACGCGCGCAACAUCGCCGACGCGCCGUUCAGCGUGCAGGAGGACCUGUGGCCGUUUGCACACGCGGGCAGCAUGGAGGAGAUGAAGAAACACGAGCGUGUUGCGUUGGGCGUGGCCGGGCUGGUCGUCUCUGGCAAGUACCGGCGCAUCAAGGAGUCUGAGGAUGGCAGCCCGACGUUCCACCGCAGCACAUCCAGCGUCUUCCAUCGCCAGGUGUCCCAACCGCUGCCGCAGCCAAAGAAGAAACAGCAGCCAACGAAGCCGCACCGCACCCCAACGUCUCGGCCCAAGUUCAACGCCGGUGUGAGCCUGAGUGGCGGCGCCACGACGGAACGACGGACUGGCCUGCCGCAAAUGCUUGUUGGCAAGAACCAAGGUGGCUCCACCUUUGACUCGGACAAGCUUGCCAUCCCACAAGUGACUGAGGGGUGUGAGCAACUCGCGUCUAUGUCCGACACCUACUCCAACAUGCUCGCCGCUGAGCACUUCCACCAUCAGCAGAUGCUGCCAGAUCGUCGCACAAGCGAGCUGUCUCUCGGGCGCACGGAGUACGUUCCCUUCAAGGUCCUGCAGGCUGGCGAGUAUUUGUGCCUCGAACCCGGUCUGAUCUUCGCCAUGGGCCCAACUGCCCUGCGGACGCCCGAUGUGCUGGACAUCAAGGCCCAACAAGAGGAGGAGACGCCAGACGUGCAUGAGUCACCGGCUGCAUCUGUGCGCGAUCGCCUCGAGUCGCUUGCAGAGAGCGAUGACGGCCUCAUCAGCGCGCGCGGUUCUGUCAGCGAAAUCGACUUCACCAGGGCACAUGGCGAGGUGCAGCCUGCCUUUGCAGACAACCCGCGCAUCAUGGUUGACGCUGCCACGCCCUCCUCCUCCACGCUCGGCUCGCAAUCACAAGCGCAAUCGCACACGUCCGCGCGUGAUGCGGCUGCUGCUGUGCGCCAGCGCCUGCGCAGCCAAGGACCACCAACGGCAGACACGCAACGCACACCCCGCAGCUCUGCGUCCUCUGAGAGCAGUGCCGACGGUGGCGGCUUGCAGAUGGGCUCACUUGCUCGCCAGCGCCGCACAAGCAGUGACAGCGAUGGCGAAGAGGCGCCGCUCACCUUCUCAAUCGUGUAGCCGUUUCGUCUCGUGCGUGCGUGUGUGUGUGUGUGUCUUGUGUGCGUGUGUGUGUAUGCGUGUGUCUUGUGUCUGCCUCUGUAUCUGUGUAGGUAUCUGUGUGCAUUUGUUUGCCUGCGGUGUUUGAAACGCGGACACGAGGUGUUGCUGACUGCUUGUUUCAGUCAGUUGUUCCACCAUGCUGACGUUGUUGCCUGAAUGCGACCUUUUUGGGUGCCGUUGUUACUCGUUCAUAUCGCCUUGUUCCCCACGCCCACGUCGCUUGCUUGUCGGUGCUGUUGUGUUGUGCUGUGGCCUUGUUGUCGUCCUCCCCCCUCCCCCACCCAACCCUGUGAUGACUGCUGCCCGUCUUGGUUGACUGCUGACUUGAAUGGACUCUUUCUUUGUGUUGGCAUAACACCUCGCUGGCAUGUGUGUGUGUGUGUCGUUAUGAGCACAGAGGCGUUGCUUGUUACUGCCUGCCUUGCUGCUGACACUUUACGUUGAUGACUGUUCCUGCGGGUGCCAUUGUUUUGCUUGUUCAUUUCAAAGACAAGAGGCAGCAAAGGAAGCUGAAACUGGGUCAACAGCCAUACCUCAUGUGAUGUAACUCGAUACACGAAGCAGAUUGGCUCAAGCACGC